AUGGCCGACGAAGAAUUUGGAGACUUAAAUUUAACUCAAUAUAGUUUAAGUGGGAGGUGGUCAUCCAGAAAUCCUAAUUCUUCUUGGAUGCGUUAUUCACAUGGGAGUUCACAUUUGGACGGACUUAAUACUGUUAGUAAUGUCCCCGAUAGAUUUAGUACUUCAAAAACAAAUUCUUAUGACAAUGAAAGUACUGCGAGUUUCUGCACAAGAACUCCGUCAUCUGGUCAAAACCGGGGAAAAUCAGGACUUUAUUAUUCCCCACCCGGUACGUCGUAUACCAUCAUCGAAAGACCCGUGGCAACUACCUCAAUCGGUCAACAAUACACGGAAAUGCAAUCUGCUCAAAAAUAUUCUCCUGGUUAUUCUCAAAGUCACAUAUUGUCACAUUCUCCAAGAUCUAAAGUUUCGGGUACUAAAAGACCGAUUUCACCUGAAGAUGUUUUGAAUUUGUUUGGAUCGACAACGGGUAAAGGAAAACCGAGCAUAAGAAAAUCUCAAAGCCCUAUACGUAGCCCGUUGCCAACCGAUCCUUAUUUAUAUCAGAAUACUCACGAUGACGCCAUUAUAAAAACAGUUACUAUGGUACGUCAACCUGAAUCAAGUCACGGUUUUGGGAUUUGCGUAAAAGGAGGAAAAAAUUCAGGAAGAGUUGGAGUGUACAUAAGUAGAAUAGAGGAAGGUAGUAUAGCAGAAAGAGUUGGGUUAAAGCCCGGAGAUUCUAUUUUGGAAGUAAAUGGAACUCCUUUUAAUGCCAUUAGUCACGAAGAGGCUUUAAAGACUCUAAAAUCUUGCACAAAAUUAAGUAUGACCGUUGAGAGUCAAAACGUUCUGCCUCCGCCAUUACCCAUUACUUCAUCAUCGAAAAACCUUCCUCCUGGAGGACCGUGGUUGGUCCGACAAUCUUACUCAUGGAUGGAUAGAGAUGGACGUCCUGUUUCUCCACCUUUAGAAUAUGCUAGAGCUGCUCCUCCGACUGUCAUUUCUCCAAGAUGGGUCUAUCAAAAUAGACAAAAAGACGGUGCGGGAACGAGAAAAGUCGACAUUAAUAUCGAAAUGGGACAAAGUUUGGGUUUGAUGAUUAGAGGAGGUCUCGAAUAUAAUUUAGGAAUAUUCAUAACAGGAGUAGAUAAAGAUUCGGUGGCCGAAAGAGCUGGACUAAUGGUAGGAGAUCAAAUAUUAGAAGUAAACGGUCAAUCCUUUUUAGAUGUCACACACGAUGAAGCCGUUAAUCAAUUGAAAAUUCAUAAAAGAAUGACUUUACUUGUAAAAGAUGUUGGAAAAGUUCCUCAUUCAUGCACUGCUUAUGACGAUUACCACUGGCAGCCAUGGUUUACCAAUUCAUCUGAAACGGAUCAUUUAUUCAGUGGAAAAGAUUAUUGUCCGGCUCUUCAAAUGGUCGAAGAAAAAGCAAAAGUUUUAUUAAGUAGAAACGAACUGUCAAGUCUAUCUUAUUAUCAAGAAGAAUAUGCCACAAGACAUAUGACAAUUGAGGCCUUUGUUACAGUGCUUUUAGAACUGCUUAAUACCCCUGAAAAGAUAGAGUUCGAUUCGAUGAUUUGGUUUAUAGAAGAACAUGUCACGAUAGCGAUAGACACAGUUGUAGGGUAA